AUGGCAUGUGAAGGUUCGACCUGUGGCCUAUGGCCCGUGGCCCGUGGCCCGAUUCGGUGUGGUCUAGAAUUGAAUUGGAUCAUUCUUUGCUUUAUAUUAAUACAACUAAUGAAUAUAAGAAUAGAUUGGAAUUUGGAGGCUUCCAAUUUAGCGAAUUGGAGGCCUGGGAGAAACCGACAUUUGAGACAUACUACUUUCAUGGCUUGUCCGAUGGCUGCGACAAUCUCCGAUGGUUUUGUUUUGGGGCAAAUUCACCAGAAGCAAGAAGAAGAUGAAAACGACGAUACAUCAACAAUCCAUUUUGUCAAGCAUCAACAAUCCACACUUGUAGAUGAUGGGGAUUUCGCUUGCUCGUCGACCGGUGUUGCGGGCUCCUAUGGAUAUAUUGCUCCUGAGUAUGGAUACAUGAUGAAGAUCACAAAAAAGAGUGAUGUCUACAUACAUGAUGAAGAUCACAAAAAAGAGUGA